UUUAUCGACAUCUAGUAAGAACUAUUAAAACAGCGAGCGCGCUCCUGUAUUUUGUAACGCUAGUUUGCUACUUUCACUGUUUUAAAAGUUUGAAGGAACUUUACAGUAUAAUUAUGGUAAAGUUGUAAUUACAUUUCUGAAUUAUCUGCUAAUGUGAUAAAUAGUGCGAAAGAUUCUUGUUGCUCUUUGAUAAUGGAACUCCACAGCGUACUUGUCGAAUGUAACAACAACAACGAUAUCUACACAAAUUCCGGGCUACAAUUCUCCCAGUACGUUUUAAUCAACAGUAACGUAUUAACGUCCUAUCUACAAGAACACAGCUUUAACAAAUGGUUUAAUGACAUUGCCCCGGGAAUUAUGCACAUUUACCCGUUUUCCUCUGUUAACGAACCCAAGUUGCGAAUCGUAGCGCGGGACGCCGACAAGACAAGUGUUCGCUCAGCUCGUGUUGUGGCAUGCUUCAUCUGUAACAAUAUCUUGGUUUCAAGUCAGAAGUACUUAAAAGACUGGGCUGUUGACUGUGACGGUAACCAACGCCGCGAAACCUUAUCUUUAUUUUUUAUAUUAAAGGCCGCAUCAGUUGUUCAACAACAAACCAGUAAUGAUGAGAAGAAGGAUUUAAACAAAGCGCUAAAUGAACUCCUCAUUAUCUCCACAAGUCCACAGUUUCUGUCGAUCGGUCAAGAAGUGUACAUCGAAAGUACGCCUUUUGGUAACCGGGCAUUUUUAAAUUCGUAUAGCCAAGGUGUUGUUUCGAACAUCUUUGGCGAACAGAAUUCCCUAUUGCUAACCGAUUGUUCUUCCACUCCGGGUAGCGAAGGAAGCCCGGUUUACAUUAAAACAAGGUGGAAGCAAAAAUUUAUUUUUGCAAUCGUGAUCUCUUGCUUAAAUUGGUGGAAAGGCGAAUGGGUUGGACUGACAUUGGCCGCUAAUUUAGUGCCUUUACUAAGAGAACUGAUACCGCCCUGUUAUCAAAACAUCAACGUUCUAAAGUCGAAUCCCACGUUCGCCAACGAAGAACUACAACUUUUAGCAACUUUAACCAAAUCCGUAGUGCAAAUAGUAUCAGGCAGUCUGUGGGGCACAGGCAUACUACUUAAUAAGACGAAAGGAAUUUUUAUUACCAACUCUCACGUCAUACAACCACACACCGAAGUGUUUGUCUACUGGAGAACGCUGGAAAUUAAGGCGACAGUCCUGCAUAGAACCCCCGAUUUUGAACCGUUCGAUCUCGCAAUUUUGAAAGCGAAUCCGAGAGAUUUGGAGAAGCUCGACAUCAGUUCUUCGGUAUUAUCGACUGAAGCGGCCCAAAGAGGCGAUCAAAUUUACGCCGUCGGUUAUCCACUAUUUCCGAGAAAUCUCAUGGUGAGGCCUUCGAUUACGAGGGGAUGCGUAUCACUGGUUCAAGAGUACGUUGUGAAAACAACGGCGACCGUGCUUCCAGGUUCCAGUGGCGGUGCAAUCUUUAACGACAAUGGAAAGUUGAUCGCCAUCACAGUUUCUAACACUAAAAUGGAGGACGUUGGAGUUGUAUAUCCGCGUAUCAAUUUAGCUGUUCCAAUAUUAGCUAUUUUGGAAUAUCUUCAACUUUUCUUACAGACUGGAGAUACUAAAAUCUUAUCACGGUUACAUUCAAGUGACUUAUCCGUAAGACAACAAUGGGAUUUUGUUUCUGGAAAACUAUAAGCAUUGAGGUGGUGACGCAAUGUCUAGUCGUUUGUUGUUUUUUUCUGUUAAUAUUCUACAAAGAUUAGUUUAAUAAAGACACAUUUUGCACUUCCA